AUGGAUCAAUCAGAAAAUAUUCCCUCUUGCAAUCAGAAACCUACUCGUUUGACAAGAGAUCAAGAGCAUGUGAUCAUGGUCUCUGCUCUGCGACAAGUGAUAUCCAACGGCCUAGGUGACACGUCAUCAUCAAACUCGGUUGCAUUUGAAGCUCUUCAUCAACCUUUGGACGCUGGUCCUUGUCCUCUCUGCAAUAUUACAGGUUGCUACGGCUGCGCAUUCCCAGUGCAUGAAGAGAUAGAGAAGGAGAAGGAGAAGAAGCACAAAGGUGUGAGGCAAAAGCCAUCAGGUAAAUGGUGUGCGGAGAUAUGGGAUCCGAGUUUGCAUAGGCGGAGAUGGCUUGGAACGUUUCCAACAGCUAAAAUGGCAGCAAAGGCUUACGAUGAUGCGGCGGCUGAUCUUGUCCAAAGAAAGGCAACAAGAAGAUGUGGCUCAAUGAACGGAGAGGAACCAACCACGACGACUGUGGAAGAAGAUGAAGGAGAAAUUUUUGGUCCUGUCUCAAAGUAA